AUGCACAAACUCCUCACGCGGAUUGACCAAUUGCUCGGACGAUACGUCCAUAACAAGGUACCCGCGCGUCUCAUCUACAUCCCAGAACGGAGACUCGUGAACAGGAGCUUCGUACUCGAGCACUCUCGCGAGAGGCUUUGCCAAGCCUUCGCCGGUUACCCUCGCAAGGUAUCAGAGGUAUCCCUCGAGGCGGAACUCCGGAAGACAAUCGCGUAUGCGACGCUCUCGCACCGAUGGGGCCGGAAAGAGGCCACAUACGCGGACUACGUUGCGUUCUAUGAACGGUGGAAGAACGGCUCUGAUAUGGCGCGGCACUCUCAGGAUCCGGGAUACGUGAAGCUAUGGAACUUCUUGGAUGCAGCGUCGGCCAGGGGGAUCCAGUUCGCAUGGGCGGACACGUGCUGCAUCGACAAGAGCAGCAGCUCUGAGCUCGACGAGGCGAUCCGCUCGAUGUUUCGCUGGUACAAGAACUCGGCGCUUUGUAUCGUACACCUGGCGCAGACGCGCUCGAUCGAGGAUAUGAACGAAGAUGAGUGGUUCGGCAGGGGAUGGACGCUGCAGGAGCUCCUCGCACCUUCGAAGAUCAAGUUUAUGGACAAGUGCUGGAACCCACUUAAGAUUCUUGGCAAGGUCACGAACGCGACAGGUAUACCCAUAGAUACACUGAGGUCCUUCGAGCCACGAACAGACAAGUUUGGCGAAAAGAUGUCCUGGGCCUCUAGGCGGAGCACGACGCGGGACGAAGACUCUACGUACUCACUGAUGGGUAUGCUCAACGUCAGCAUCCAGACCGCUUACGGCGAAGGAGGCCCCCGCGCGUUCCGCCGCCUACUGGAUGCAGUUGUGCGCAAGGCGGAAGACCCAUCCGUGAUG